CAUUGAUCAUCAAGGCAACACCACGAAACCAACCUCCCCCGCGGCCUCGACUCAGGAACUCACAAGCAAAGGUGCAUGCUCACGCACACGCCCUUUGCUCCAGUCAUCAUCAGCUGACAAUCUUGUUCCUCAUCCACCUAAUUCUUUGUUUCCGGAAUACCUAAGAUCCCAAAUAGCACUUCAAGAUGCGAGUCUCAGUUUUGAAUGACUGCCUUAACAACAUGCUCAACGCCGAGCGUCGUGGAAAACGUCAAGUUUUGAUCCGACCUAGCUCAAAGGUCAUUGUUCGAUUUUUGACAGUGAUGCAAAAGCACGGUUACAUUGACGAGUUCGAGUACAUUGACGAUCACCGUGCCGGUAAGAUCGUUGUUCAGCUCAACGGACGAAUCAACAAAUGUGGCGUCGUCUCUCCAAGGUUCAAUGUCCAGUUGGACCAAAUUGAAAACUGGGUCAACAGGCUUUUGCCCGCUCGUUCGUUCGGUAUCAUCAUCCUUACGACUUCAGCCGGUAUCAUGGACCACGAGGAAGCCCGACGGAAACACGUUGCUGGCAAAAUCCUCGGAUAUGUUUAUUGAUCUAACAUGCAAUUCUAACAUUACGAACCACAACAUGUGUACACCGGAAGCUUGAUAUCUUGCUUCGUAUCUUCAUAUUGAACAAUCAGAUCCACGUUCACCCAU